CGGCGGCUGUGAUCCACAUGAACCCCCUACAUCACCCUGUGCGCUGCCGGCGAAACUGCCCACUCCCCGGCAUCUCCUCUGCCCCCAUCCUCGCCCCGGACACUCCGGGAUCGGCCACCAGAGCCCCGUCAUGUCCGCAGACCCCUCUGUAUUCCCCCAGCACCCUCACUGCGUGCCCGGCUCUUCCCCAGGCCCCGCUAUACCUCCCGUAUGUGUGUCUGUGGGUGUGAGUGGUAACAUCAUGGGUGUCCUCCUGCAGCCUCCUGAUGCCGGCCAGCCUGGCCAGACACAUGUCCUGCUCCAUACACUGUAUGUGUGACCUUCUCCUGCAGCCCCCUCAUGCCUGGCCAUACAUACACACAUCCCAGUUACAUUGUCUUGCUGCCCAUCUCUUCAUUGUGCAUGAUGUCCUGUUUCCUCCAGUAGCUGUAUGCAGAGUAGACUAUUGAGGCUUAGCUGUAGCCGACACAUUUACAUGCUGUAGAGAUGAAGAGGGAGAUUUAUCAAAUCUUGGAGCGAUAAAUUACAGUUCCUCGUAACUUUCAAUUACUGGAAGAACUUGAAGAAGGGCAAAAAGGAGUUGGAGAUGGUACCGUUAGUUGGGGCCUUGAAAAUGAUGAAGAUAUGACACUUGCUAGAUGGACAGGAAUGAUAAUUGGGCCUCCCCGAACAAAUUAUGAAAAUAGAAUAUACAGUUUGAAAAUAGAAUGUGGACCCAAAUACCCAGAAGCCCCUCCCACGGUUAGAUUUGAAACAAAAGUAAACAUGAAUGGGAUAAAUAGCUCCAAUGGCAUGGUGGACUCACGAUGCAUACCUUGUUUAGCGAAGUGGCAAAAUUCCUAUAGCAUUAAAUUUCUUCUUCAAGAACUUAGACGCAUGAUGAUGUCCAAAGAAAAUAUGAAGCUUCCACAGCCUCCAGAAGGACAAACCUACAAUAUUUAAUUGAUGUGGGGAAUAUUUCCAUACUUCCUCCCUGCCCCCACCACAAUUUUUUUUUAAAGGGCCUGCAAUGUCUAAUAUUGCAUGUCUCUGCCUCUCCAGCUCUGGGCACAAUUUGCACAUGACUCCUCAUUGUUGGCCUAGAUUUCUCCCAGUUUGACUCCUAUUGGUCAAGGACUUAUUAUGCAACAUGUAUGUUGUAGUCCAACCCACAUACACCUGCACCGAAAGACAUAGGGGUGUAGCGUAGGAGCUGCAAAUAAGUCAUUUUAUUUUUUCAUGUUAGUAGUGUUGCUUGAUCAUUGGGAUUUACACAAUCUGGGCAUUUUUUGUUUCUUGAAGAGCAGCAGUUCAUGUUGUAGAAUCAAUUCAUUUUUGUUCUACAUGUAUUUUACAGUGUCAAGGUAAACAUAGGUGUAUAGUAAUGACUCCUACAUGAUAUUUGAAUGUACUAAUAAAAUAAAGUCCUGUUGGCUAGCUUCUGAUAACUAGAAUGUUUCAUUGAUAGAGACCUGUGCUAGCAGAUGUGUAUCUCAGAAGACUGAGCUGUCAGCCAUGAAGCACUCUGAAUUUUUUCAUUUUUUAUUUCUUUAAUGCCUUUUACAAAAUGGCCUUUAAUUGUUUUACAACCUGGAUAGCACCUGUUUAAACAAAGCAUUCAUGUUUUAAACUGGUACUCUUCAUUUUGUUUCUGAAACAGUUUGGGAAUACUGCACAUACAGAAAACUGCUGGUUUUACCGAACCUGGAUACUUCCCGGUGUAUGGGACUGGUCUAGGCUCCAAUUUUACAUUUCUAGGUUAUUUAUUGGUUACGUUUUGGCUGUAUUAUACUGGGGAAAAGACCAACAUUAUUUGCUAACCAGUUGAGUUAUUACCCUCCAAAGUGCAGUAAUCCUGACGAAUCAGACAGGUAUUUGCUGCCUUGUCUAAUUGCAGUAGCCCAAUUGAAGCAAAUUGCUGAUUGGUUGCUACGGGAUACUGCAUGUUAAAUUAACCACACUGAGUUGUAUUCAUUUGCAGGGACGUAUCAAUGAACAUAGCAUGAACUGCUUCUCCAUUGUUUUACUUGUAAGGGGAUCAUUUUGUCACACACGCAUUUUUAGCACAGUAUAAACAGGGCCGCACGUGUUGGUAUUCCUCUUCUUAGGGCAGUGUUAGGAAGUCUUAAUUUGCCUCAAACUGUCAUACAGAUUUCACAAGGUAAAGUGCAUGAGGUUAAGCUAUAGUUGCUUGGAGGUUAAUGUAUGUGUCGCCUAGAUAGUCUAAGAUCUGAAAAUUAAAAACCGAAUGCUAUUUACCCUGCUUGGUAAAGGAUAAGCUGUGUAAACAAUAUUGUUUAAAGUAGCAAAUGCAAUGGGUGUCGAUGCUGAUGUCAUUUUCUUUCACAAGAGACUUGGAAGCAGACUAGUAGGCUUAUUUGUGUUAAAGCCUGAUCUUGCUCAUUGUAUUUCUGACAUGGUAGUGACUGUAAUGCAGCUCCUGUUUGUUGGGCGUAACAAGCAGCAAACAUUUGUUUACAGCCUUUAUUCCAAUAAAAUGCAUUCUAAUUAUAGUGCCGCAGACGUAUACAGUAUGAAGAGAAAAUGGAUAAUGUGAUCUGAGGUCGCAGCUAGUCUUACAAUGUAAAUAAAAUGUUGAAAGUGUUCGAA